CACACUUUCUCUUCUGGCUUCAUCUUCCCUCUCCCCAAACAGCGAACACGAAGCAAGUAGUAGUUGGUGCCAAAAAAACAAAAACAAAAACAAAAACAAAAACAAAAAACAAAAACAAUGUCCUAAAUUUCGCUGUCUCACUUCUCUGAGCUCUCAACUUCGCUGAAUCGUUCGUCUCUUCCGCCAUUUCUCUCCAUUUCAUGAUCAACCCUCGUCACACUGCAAGCUAUCGAGCUCUUCGAUGCAUAGGGUUUUGAUGAAUUGCUGAUUGCUACUACUUGUGAAGUGUUAGCUUUGUGACUGUUGAGCUGUGGACGGCGUAGCGAUUUCGAUAUGGAUAUGACUUGUAGCUUGCCGCAGUCAAGAAUGAUACAAGGAGGUGUUGGGAGACACAUAUCAGCUGGCCGUUUCGAUUCGAGAGGGAGGGGUUUUGGUUGUGCAUUUCUCGGCAACUGGAGAAGUGGUUCGAGAUUGCAUUUUAGUAGGAUGAAUAAAGUUAGUGGUGUUUCUGCUUGUGUUUCUGGUGGUGAAGGUUUGAAUGUGAAGAGAGGUUUAUCUUGUAAGAAUAAUAGUCUUUUUACGGGGUCGAGAGUGAUUUGGUCUAAGUGCCAGGGCAGUGAUUCUUUAGCUUAUGUUGAUGGCAACGGCCGCAAUGUUGAUCAUGUGGAAGGUUCUGGUGAGGGUUUAGGACCGGGACCCGUUUCUAGUGCUGAACUUGAAGCAACUUUGGAAGAGGAAGGGCAAGCUGGGAGCGAAGGUGGAGAGUUUGAAAUAGGAGUAGAGGAACUAAGUGUGGAUGAACUGAAAGAGCUAUUGCAAAGAGCAUUGAAGGAGCUAGAAGUUGCUCAAAUAAAUAGUACCAUGUUUGAAGAGAAGGUUAAAAAGAUAUCAGAGACUGCUAUAUUUUUACAUGAUGAAGCAGCUCGUUCUUGGAGCGAGGUUAAUUCCACUCUAGACACCAUUCAAGAAAUUGCAAAUGAAGAACAUACAGCUAAAGAAGCUGUCCAAAAUGCAACAAUGGCUCUUUCUGUAGCCGAGGCCAGGCUUCAAGUAGCCUUAGAUUCUUUGGAGGUCGCAAAAGAAGUGCCGGAUUCAGAAAAAGGUUCUGAUGAGGGUACUGGGGACAAGGACAUGGCGGAGAAGGGGAAAUCACUUUUCAAUGCUCAAGAAGAUAUCAAGCAAUGCCAGACACAUUUAGCCAAUUGUGAGGCAGAGUUGCGACGUUUGCAAAGUAGGAAGGAGGAGCUGCAGACGGAAGUGAGCAAAUUGCAAGAAAUUGCUGAAAAGGCACAGCUGAAUGCAGUAAAAGCCGAGGAGGAUGUUACAAACAUAAUGCUUUUAGCAGAGCAAGCUGUUGCCUUUGAACUUGAGGCUACACAACGUGUAAAUGAUGCAGAGAUUGCCUUAGAGCGAGCUGAUAAGUCUGUCUCUAAUUUGAAUGCUGAUACCACAGAAUCUAUACAAGUUCAGGAUGUCGAGUCUGUUUCAGAGGAUGAGAAAGUGGAUCAAGGUUUUUCUAGUGAUGCCACUGUUGAAAGAAACGGAGAUUUGGCAACUGAUGAUGAAUCUCUUCUUCCCAAGUUAUCACCUGAAACACUGUCUGAAAAAACCAGCCAUUUGGAAGAUAUAACACAGUCUGAUAAUUUAAGUGAUAAUGAGAAUGGUGUUCAAACAAAAAAACAGGAAACACAAAAAGAUUUGACUAGAGACAGUUCACCCUUUGCCCCCAAGGCAUUAUUGAAGAAGUCUUCUCGAUUCUUUUCUGCAUCGUUCUUCUCUUCUACUGAAGAUGGGGCCGAGUUCACACCAACAUCAGUUUUCGAGGCCCUUGUGUUAUUGGCAAAGAAGCAGUUGCCCAAGCUGGUUCUUGGGUUAUUGUUAAUGGGAGCAGGGGUUGCCUUCUAUGCCAAUAAGGCAGAGAGGAAUGGUCUGCUGCUUCAACAGGCAGAUGUUAUUAUGACCAGUGCUGAAGAAGUUUCCUCUAGUGCAAAGCCUCUGGUUAGACAACUUCAGAAACUCCCCAAGAAAAUUAAGAAACUCAUUGCGUCAUUACCUCAUCAAGAGGUGAAUGAGGAAGAAGCCUCCCUCUUUGACAUGCUUUGGUUACUACUCGCAAGUGUUAUAUUUGUCCCAAUUUUUCAAAAACUCCCUGGAGGUAGUCCUGUUCUUGGAUACUUGGCUGCUGGUAUCUUGAUUGGGCCUUAUGGUCUCUCCAUCAUUCGUCACGUUCAUGCAACAAAAGCAAUAGCUGAAUUUGGAGUUGUUUUCCUUCUAUUCAAUAUCGGCCUGGAGCUCUCUGUUGAAAGACUAAGUUCGAUGAAGAAAUAUGUUUUUGGAUUAGGCUCCGCACAGGUUUUAGCCACUGCUGUAGCUGUUGGCUUGGUGGCUCAUUAUAUUUGCGGCACACCUGGCCCUGCUGCUAUUGUCAUUGGGAAUGGCCUGGCGUUAUCAUCUACUGCUGUUGUUCUUCAGGUGUUGCAGGAGCGAGGUGAGAGCACAUCACGGCAUGGACGAGCUACAUUUUCUGUUUUACUUUUUCAGGAUUUGGCUGUUGUGGUCUUGCUAAUACUCAUACCUCUUAUUUCACCUAAUUCUUCCAAAGGAGGGGUUGGCUUUCAAGCCAUUGCUGAAGCUCUUGGAAUGGCUGGUGUAAAGGCAGCAGUUGCUAUCACUGCCAUAAUUGCAGGUGGACGAUUGCUCCUCCGACCAAUAUACAAGCAAGUUGCAGAAAAUCAAAAUGCAGAAAUAUUUUCAGCCAAUACGCUCCUUGUUAUUCUUGGGACUAGUCUUCUUACAGCCAGGGCAGGACUUUCCAUGGCAUUGGGAGCAUUUUUGGCUGGUUUACUACUGGCAGAAACUGAAUUUUCCUUGCAAGUUGAAUCUGAUAUUGCUCCAUAUCGUGGUCUUCUUUUGGGGCUGUUCUUUAUGACGGUUGGAAUGUCUAUUGAUCCAAAACUUCUUGUUUCAAACUUCCCAGUCGUCACUGGGACAUUGGGACUCUUGAUAUUUGGCAAGACUCUCUUGGUUUGUUUGAUGGGUAAAAUCUUUGGGAUUUCCCUCAUUUCUGCCAUAAGAGCUGGUCUUCUUCUUGCUCCUGGUGGAGAAUUUGCUUUUGUGGCUUUCGGUGAAGCUGUUAAUCAGGGCAUAAUGUCUAGUCAGCUGUCAUCUUUGCUGUUUCUUGUCGUGGGCAUUUCAAUGGCCAUCACACCAUGGCUAGCUGCAGGAGGCCAGCUGAUUGCUUCCCGUUUUGAGCAGCAUGAUGUUAGAAGUUUAUUACCUGUAGAAAGUGAGACCGAUGAUCUGCAAGAUCAUAUCAUUAUUUGUGGAUUUGGACGAGUUGGCCAGAUCAUUGCACAACUUCUUUCCGAGCGACUUAUUCCAUUCGUUGCACUGGAUGUGAGAGGUGAUAGAGUGGCAGUUGGGCGAGCCCUGGAUCUCCCUGUGUACUUUGGAGAUGCCGGUAGUCGAGAGGUACUACACAAGAUUGGGGCUGAAAGGGCAUGUGCUGCAGCAAUAACUCUAGAUACGCCGGGAGCAAAUUAUAGAACAGUUUGGGCUCUUAGCAAGUACUUCCCUAAUGUGAAGACUUUUGUUCGUGCCCAUGACGUUGAUCAUGGAUUGAAUUUAGAAAAGGCUGGAGCUACUGCUGUUGUCCCAGAGACAUUGGAACCCAGUCUUCAACUAGCAGCUGCCGUGCUUGCUCAGGCUAAACUCCCCACAUCAGAGAUUGCAGCAACUAUAAAUGAAUUUAGAUGCCGCCAUCUAGCUGAGCUCACUGAGUUGUGUGAAGCAAGUGGAAGUUCUCUUGGUUAUGGAUAUAAUAGAAUAAUGAGCAAACCCAAAUCCCAAUCCCCAGAUUCAUUAGAUGAGGCUCAAGUCUCUGAAGGGACAUUGGCAAUAUGAAGAUUACCCACAUAGACAAAGUAGAAGGCAGAAGAUAACAAGAGUUAGGUAAAAAGAAAAUACUAGUGAAGAAAUGUAUAGCAGAUUGUAAUAAUUUCAUUAUUAUGUACAGAAAUACAGAGGGAUAAUACGAGAUGCAGUAGUUUUUCAUUGUCAUCUUUUUCCUCUUAUGCGAGAAAAUUUUGGUUCCCAGACCUUCAUCUAAUGUUAAUUGAAGAUCCACAAGCUCA